GCAGCCGCACAAGGGCCACCUACCCCGCUGCCGCACCGGAUCCUGCCGACCCCGGCCCUCCUACUCCCCUGCGCCCGCUCAUCUCCCCGCGCUGCAAACCCUAACUCCAAUCCGGAACAGGCGAAAAAAUUCCGAAAAAUCGCUGGGAAUUUCGCUCAGAAUUACUCUCCGUUCUUCCGCUUGGUGGUGAUGCCAUGAUGCACAUGCUGGUUGCCCCCGAUGGGGGCGUAGGGGAGCUGCAGCCGUACACCGCGACGCCGGCGGAGCAGGAGCUGGAGCUCCACCGCGACAUCGCCGACCACGGCCUCGAGGGUCACGUGCGGUGCCUGAGGUGUGGGAUAUCUGGCAAUGCGACGCCCCAUAUGCGGCGUGGCCCUGAUGGCCCAAGAACUCUUUGCAAUGCGUGUGGCAUUGCUUACAGAAAGGGGAAAAUGAGAAGAAUGAUAGAAGCUGAACCACCCAUAGAUGAGGCUGCGCUUGCGAAGCUGGUUCCAGAGGUAGGCAUGGAAUUUGAGAGUGAGGAAAAGGCAUAUGAAUUCUACAAUAAAUACGCUGGGCAUGUUGGCUUUAGUGUUCGGAAAAGUACAUCACACAAAUCUUCUGAAAAUAUUACUAAAGUAAGAACUUUUGUAUGCUCAAGGGAAGGUUACAAUAGGGAUAAAAAAUCAUUGGAAGCAAAGAAGCCAAGGUUGGAUACACGAAUUGGUUGCCCAGCAAGGUUGAUUAUUAAAGUCACACGAGAGUGGAAAUAUAGUGUAACUGAUUUCAAAGCAGACCACAACCAUCAGCUAGCCCCUCCUUCGACGAUGCAUAUGUUAAGGUCACAGAGGAUACUGACAGAACUUCAGUCUGGAGAAGCAGAACUAUCAGAUGAUUCUGUAGUGACACCAACAACAAAAGCAACUGGUGAUCUUGUUGUGAGACAAGUUGGAUUCCUCCGAAGUAUCUCUCUCCUUCCAGCAGAUUACAAGAAUUAUCUCCGCUCCAAGCGUAUGAAUACUAUGCAACUUGGUGAUGGUGGAGCGAUAUUGAAAUAUUUGCAGACAAUGCAAAUGGAUAACCCCUCUUUCUUUUACACUAUGCAGAUUGAUGAGGAUGACAAGCUGACUAACUUCUUUUGGGCAGACCCAAAAUCUAGAGAUGACUUCAACUACUUUUGUGAUGUGCUCUGCUUAGACACAACAUACAAAAUAAAUGGAUAUGGCAGGCCACUUGCAUUAUUCCUUGGUGUGAAUCAUCAUAAACAAACAAUUAUUUUUGGUGCAGCUAUGCUUUAUGAUGAAUCAUAUGAGUCAUAUAAGUGGCUUUUUGAGAGUUUUAAGAUCGCUAUGCAUGGGAAACAGCCUGCUGUAGCUUUAGUAGAUCAAUCUAUUCCUCUGAGUAGUGCAAUGGCAGCAGCCUGGCCAAAUACCACUCAACGAAUUUGUGCUUGGCAUGUAUAUCAGAAUUCUCUUAAGCACCUCAAUCAUGUCUUCCAAGGUUCAAAGACAUUCGCGAAGGAUUUUAGCAAAUGUGUCUUUGGUUAUGAGGAUGAGGAUGAAUUCUUGUUUGCAUGGAGAAGUAUGCAGGAAAAGUAUGAUCUUAGACAUAACGAAUGGCUGUCUAAAGUGUUUGAUGAGAGGGAAAGAUGGGCCUUGGCAUAUGAUAGACAUAUAUUUUGUGCUGACAUCAUAAGUGCACUUCAAGCAGAGAGUUUCAGUAGUGUUUUGAAGAAAUUCUUGAGUCCUCAAUUGGACCUGUUGUCCUUCUUCAAGCACUAUGAAAGAGCAGUAGAUGAACAUCGCUAUGCUGAGCUGCAAGCUGACUUCCAAGCUAGUCAGAGCUAUCCAAGAAUACCCCCAGCCAAGAUGUUAAAGCAAACUGCUCAUACAUAUACACCAGUGGUGUUUGAAAUCUUUCGUAAAGAGUUUGAGCUAUUCAUGGACUCUGUGUUAUUCAGUUGUGGUGAGGCUGGGACAACAUCUGAGUACAAGGUUGCUCCAUCUGAGAAGCCCAAGGAACACUUUGUUAGAUUUGAUUCAAGUGAUCGCUCCUGUGUCUGCACUUGUAGGAAGUUUGAGUUUAUGGGUAUCCCAUGUUGUCACAUGUUGAAGGUGCUGGAUUACAGAAAUAUCAAAGAGUUACCUCAAAAAUAUCUGCUAAAGCGAUGGAGAAGGACUGCCAAAUCUGCAAAUGAAGACAACCAAGGCAAUACAGCAAAUGCUAACGGGUCAUCAUUGAAUGCCCCUGUUCCUCCUGCAAAUCACCAUGGGCUUCAAAGAUUCAGUGCAAUGAUUCAAGAUGCUUCUGUUUCUAGUAUGCAUGAGAAUUCAUUUCAUAGAAGCUCUUGAUGAAGGCACUAGAACUCGAUUCAGCAAAUUUCUCACGUUUAUGCUUAAGAUGAGUUUUCAUAUGCCCAGUACCUCUUGUACACAUCAUUGACCAUUGAAGCAGUGGAUAGGCCGCCGUCAAGCGCCCCUGUAUAAGUUGCCAACCUGUAUAUUAUUCAGCCGUAGGAAAUUCCAAUUAUUAAGGCACCAAUCCUUAGUGUAGAGGUAGAUUAUAAUUAAAAGAAUCAUGCUUGUAUUGCGCUGGAAACAAUUCAGAAAAUUUUGUGUAUACUGUCAACAGUCUCUCGUUAUGUUAUCCCGUUUAUUGCAAGUAAAAAUGCUAUUCAGGCAGUUCAACAAACCUGUCAUUCUAGCAACUCCACUCACUGUAUGCUCAAGAAGAUGCAUCUGAAACUUGUGCAGACGACAGCCUGACCUGACCGUUCUGUGCAGAGCAAGUAGACCCCUCAUGAUACGAAAUUCAGUACAGUUCAGUUAGAUUCAGAUCUGGGGUUUCACCUGCGGCUGAGCUGGACAUCUCAUGCAUUGAAACGUUGGGGUCAAGCCACCAGACCAGCUUGGCAUGGCUGGGGAUCUUCAGCGAGGCCGACCAGUCGGAGGGUACCGGCCGAGCCGCAUUUGUCGCUCCAGUGGACAGCGAUGCUCUAGCCUGGUAUGCUUGCUAUCUUCGGUUCAGAGAUGGUGCAGUUGGUCUCGUGGUUGCUAUCUGUAUAUAAACACAUUUGCAUAAUAAUGCAUGCGAAUGUUAUCAUUUCUUGGAUCAUUAUCCGAGUUCCAUAAUGUUACUAGCAUGUGUCCUUGGUGCAUUCAAUCAAGGAACUCCGU